CACAUGGGUUGCAGGCCGGCGACACCACACAUAGGCCUACUUAUUUUGCGUUUUUAGCUGGCUCGUUUUUUUGUUGUUGCAUGAAACAAGAAAAAACAAUCAGAAAAGUAUUAAAUAUAAUGGGACCAAGUGAUGAAAGGAAUAAUGUUUAAAUGUAGUAUGUUUUUAUGUGCUUUUGAAAACGUAUCUUGAUAUCCAAACGCUCAUUAGGUCUGAAUAUAGCUGUCACCAUGCUAUCAUGGUGCUCUGGUUUGGUUACUUGUAGCCACUAGUCGGCCCGCUGCGGUGCAGCCAUAGCCUAGGCUACUGUCCGGGUCAGCCUCGCUCGCUGUGGGAAGUGAGCGGGCAUUCAGAGAGGAUGCUGAGGCCUGCCAGUCCCACGACACAUCCACCAUUAACCCAGGGCUAUUAGGCUAGUCCGGGCUAUGGCUGCACCCAUCGCACAUUUCGACGACGACUGGCCGAUCUUGGGUGAUUUGAGCAUGGUUUCAGGCCAGAGGCUGCUGCCGCAGAAGGGCCGUGCUGUAGCCUCCGCCGCGGGGGAAGCAGCACCGCAGCUUCUCCUGGACGAUGAUGAUGAGGAUAUCCCGGAGCUGCGAGACAGCAGCUCCUCCCUGGGGGGAACCGGCGCUUUCAGGUCCACGGAGGACCUGGUGAACGAUUUUGACGAGAAGUUAUCCGUGUGCUUCCGAAAUUUCAACGCCAAGACGGAGAGCAUCGCUCCUGUGAAUGUGAUAAACGAGGACUCGCUGCUGGAGAAAGACGAAAUCUGGAAGGUUUUGACCAGUAACUAUGGCAGUGUGAUGCCGGUGGAUUGGAAACAGUCUCGAACGUGCUCCCUCCACAUCCCCACAUUCAACCUGGAGGAGAAGCCUAGAAAGACUGAUGUCACGGCAGAGCUGUCGGACGAUGAGGAGCUGAGGGAGCAGCUGGACAUGCACUCCAUCAUCGUCUCCUGCCUCGCAGAGGAGCCCCUUUUCACAGCAGAGCAGGUUAUCGAGGAGAUAGAGGAGAUGAUGCAGGACUCCCCCGACAUGGAGGCAGGGCACAAUCCCUCUCAGUCGGACCUCUCGAUGCUCUCCCUGGACGUCCAGCGGUCCACCCGGAGCCCCAGCUAUGAGUCGAGGGUGAGGACCCUGAGUGUUGCCGAGCUGAAUGAACGUCUGGAGGAGACGGAGACGAUCAUCAGGAGGUUCUCAGAGGAGCUGGUGCAGCAGCUGGCUCUCAGGGAUGAGCUGGACUUUGAGAAAGAGGUGAAGAACAGCUUCAUCUCAGCGCUCAUUGAUGUACAGAACCGACAGAAGGAGCACCGAGAGCUGCUGAAGAAGAAGAAGAAGCUUAAAGGUGGAGCCGGGACGUCGCAGGGCCACGCGGAGAAGACGCUCGGAUCACGCUUCAGCAUGGAGGGAAUCUCCUCUGUCAUUCAUAACAGCUUCCGGCAAACCUUUGGAAGCGGGUGCAGUGAAAGACAGUAUUUAACCACAGUCAUCCCCUAUGAGAAAAAGGGACACCCUCCGUCGCUUGAGGACCUCCAGAUCCUGACUAAGAUCCUACAAGCUAUGAGAGACGACAGUGAAAAGGUGCCCAGUCUCUUAACAGACUAUAUUCUCAAAGUGCUUUGCCCAACGUAGACCAGAGGGACGGUGCCCAACACUCUGCAGAGGCUUCAGAUGGUUUACCAUGGCAACAAGAUGAAGAGGACUCAUUGUAUUAUUUGCAGACAUGAAGCACAAUUAAUUUAUUCCUGCAUGUUUUUACCUCAAGAUGUAUCUUUUUCUGUGUUCGUUUCUUCAUUUAAUUGUAUUUAUUUUGUGUUGAGCAUUGUGAUUUUGCAAACCCUGUGUUCCUGUGAAUUUCGACUUCUUUUCAGUGUUUUUUAAUUUCCCUGCACUGUGAAAAAGUAUCUUAAGUAUGAUAAAUGAUAUAAGACUACCAGCGUAGAAGCUGAACUGUUUGGAAACUGAGCUCUGCUUGUUGGUUAGAAGUAAUAGCUGAGCUACAAUGCAAAGGGCUUUGUAUUUAUCUGAAGUGCUUAACUAUUCACUGAGCAAUGAACAAAUUCACAAAGCAUGUUAAAGUUGCAGUAAUAGAGGAUUAUAAAAAGAGCUUUUCAAGCAUCAAAACUGUAAAGCGUACACAGAGACAUCAAUAUGUAUCACAGCAGCACAUGAGGCACAUCAGAGAAGCAGAAAGGGAUGGGAUACAGACACAUAGGACAUAAUGUAAUGAAAAUAAAUAAUAUAGUUAGUUACCUUAAACCUGUGUGCAUAAACAUAUUGUAAAACCAUCAUAUAAUUCAACACAGCCUUCCAUGUAGCAGCAAAGUGUGUUAUCUGCUUUCAUCUCAGCAGCACACUGCAUACAUACAUCAUUAUUAUUCUGUGGAAGAUAAAGUGUUGAUGGUCGAGUUGAAAUGAACCAAUUUACUAACUAUGCAUUUGAUUGAAUACUUAAUUAUGACCCAUGCACUGUCUGUACUUUUGUGACGCUGACUGGAACUUUGAAUCGCGAGCGUCGACGUGCCUGCUGCGCACAGGGCAGCCUGUUACUCUGUAUGUAUUUUUGUAUAUGUACACACAUGCCUUUUGGUCUUUGCCUGAACUUUUGUACAUUAUAAAUAACUUAUUUUCAAUGAAUGUCAAACUGCUGGACUACUUUUAGA